AUGCACUUGAUCCGUGGAAAAGUUUCCGGUAGCACGGGAAACCGGCGCAUUAUCGCGUUCCUGCUGAUCCUUGCGUGUACAGCCAACCAGACGUCCGCGCAAGGAUUGCUAGACAACAUUAUCUCACAGCUCAUGACGACGGCUGCAACGGCACAGAACUACAUCGAAGCUGCCACCGAUCAGCGGCAGGGACGUGGUACGGAACCACCGCCAACACCGUCUGUCCUGCAGCCGGCGACCAUUCCGAUAGCGGGCCUGGAACCGAUUAAGGAACAAACGCCGACGACUCCGGCCACCACGCCAGCGUUUUCCAGCGGUACGACGCACGGAACUCGGGCCCCUCUACCGUUUUGGAACCCGUUCGUAUGGUUACGGCCGAAGGAAGUCGCCAUACCGUACAAUCCGGAUAUCGAUCUCAGCACGCCCGAAAUUGCAGUUCGUCACGGCUAUCAGGCGGAAUCGCAUACCCUCAAAACUGCCGACGGUUAUCUGCUUACGCUUCACAGGAUUCCCUGCGGCCGGAUAGGAUGUUCCGCGCAAGGCGGCAAAGGCACCGGUCAGCCCGUAUUCCUGCAGCACGGUUUGUUAUCCAGCUCGGCCGAUUGGCUGCUGAGUGGUCCGGAAAAGGCGCUCGCAUUCAUACUGGCCGACGCUGGGUACGACGUGUGGUUGGGAAACGCACGUGGCAACACGUACUCCCGCAAGCACGUGAGCUUCAGCAGCGAUGAGACGGCUUUCUGGGACUUUAGUUGGCAUGAAAUGGCCAUGUACGACAUCCCGGCCGAGAUCGACUACCUUUACAGCAUGCGAGGCCAGGAACGGAAUGACACGUCGCGCAAUCUGCUGUACGUUGGCCACUCGAUGGGUACGACAAUGAUCUUUGCACUGCUUGCAAGCCGUCCGGAGUACAACGAACGAUUGGAGGCUGUCUUUGCAUUGGCACCGGUUGCCUUCAUGGGCCACGUGAAAAGUCCCAUCCGGCUUCUGGCUCCAUUCUCGCACGAUAUCGAGAUGAUACUGAAAUUCUUCGGUGGAAACGAGUUCAUGCCUCAGAACAAAAUCAUUCGAUACCUUGCCAAGUAUGGUUGUGAGCUAACCGAGGCAGAGAAGUAUAUCUGCGAGAACACAGUGUUCGUCCUGUGCGGGUUUGACAAGGAGCAGUACAACGCCACCCUGAUGCCGGUCAUUUUCGGUCACACGCCAGCCGGUACCUCGACGAAGACGGUCGUGCACUACGCGCAGGAAAUCCAUAACGAGGGCAAUUUUCAACUGUUCGAUUACGGAGAGAGUGAAAAUCAGCGACGGUACGGACGCACUACGCCACCGGGAUACAACCUAGAAAACAUAUCGACGCCGAUAGCGCUGUUUUACGCCAAUAACGAUUGGCUGGCGGGUCCGAAGGAUGUGGCGAACUUGUUUAACCAACUGCAUCGUACGUCUAUCGGAAUGUUUAAGAUCCCGAACGAUAACUUCAACCAUGUGGACUUCCUUUGGGGCAAUGAUGCGCCAGAAGUGGUCUACAAACAGCUCCUGAUGCUGAUGCAGCGAUACAAAUAGUGAUUUGGCCAUUUCAUGCUUUUGGUCAACGAUACGAAUUGUUUACGAUGAUCCAUGUGAACGAAAAGACG